AUGGGUAACGAAGAGAGCACGCCGAUAGAUGAGUCUGUCCCGCCACAAACGCUCAAGGCUCGGGAUCUGGAGGCGCUGGCCGAUUACAUCAAGUCGGGAAAGGUCAAGAACGUCGUCGUUAUGACGGGAGCUGGUAUCAGUACGUCUGCGGGCAUUCCAGAUUUUCGAUCGCCGGACACGGGGCUGUAUGCAAACCUUGCCCGUCUCAAUCUUCCCUACGCUGAGGCAGUCUUCGACAUCUCAUACUUCAAGGAAAAUCCAGAGCCUUUCUACACACUCGCCCAUGAGAUCUAUCCUGGGAAAUACAGGCCAACCAUCGCACAUUCUUUCAUUCGGCUUCUACACGACAAGGGCAUAUUACUGAAGCUCUUCACACAAAACAUCGACUGUCUUGAACGAGAAGCGGGUGUACCAGACGACAAGAUCGUGGAAGCGCAUGGGUCGUUCGCACGGCAGAGCUGUAUUGAGUGUCAUCAACCAUAUCCUGAGGACGACAUCAAACAACACAUCGCUGCGAAGUCCAUUCCUCGAUGUCAUGAAUGCAAAGGUCUCGUCAAGCCGGAGAUUGUGUUCUUUGGCGAGCAGCUACCUGCUGCGUUCUUCCACAAUCGACACCUACCACAGGAUAGUGACUUGUGUAUCGUCAUGGGGACUAGCCUUACAGUCCAACCAUUUGCGUCAUUGCCAGAAAUGACUCGCACGGCAACGCCAAGAGUACUCAUCAACAAGGAGCGAGUCGGCGGUCUGGGUUCUGGUACAGAUGAUAUUCUGCUCCUCGGCGAUUGUGACGAUGGUGUGAAGAAGUUAGCGAAGGCCUGCGGCUGGCUCGGCGAGCUAGAGAAGCUUUGGGCGAAGACAGCAUAUCGUGUUGGUGAUGAUGCUGAUAGCGCGGCGGAACAGCCGAGCCACGAGCAGCAACCAGAGAAAACAAAAGACGAGGCUCUGGAAGAAGAGAUUGACAAGAUCACCCGAGAGGUCGACGAGACUUUGAACCUGUCCAAAUGGCAUGAGGAGAGGGUUCGAGGGGAGGGGCUUCCUACAGUUUCUUCCAGCAAGCUUUCGAACACAACGGCUACCAAGGAGGAGAGCGCUGAUAUUGCGCGACUACAUGAGGAUGAAGAGAGUAGCCUAGGUCACAUUUUCGUGUCACGAGAGGCGAAAGACGCUGCUCUGGAAGCCGAGAAGAGCACCAAGGAAUGA